UCCGAGCAGCACCCAUCAGGACUCUCUGAGUGCACUGGACAGUUGCAAGCUGCACAGUUGUCGUUAGCGUUCUGACUGCUGAGCUUGUUCAGGCUGCAAAAUCAGCUAUCAGGCAGGUCAUACGUGCUUUUCACGGAUUUGCGGUGACAGGCGCGCUGAAGAACGUUGAAAAGCUGUUGACAGCAUUGAGCAUCAGCUGAGAUGAAGCUUCUCUUCUGGCUGAUCCUGAGCGUCAUUAUAUUCAGCCAUGAUGCCAGAGCUCAAAACAUUGCCGCCGCAGACAAUAGCGACAGGGAGGCUUCGCUCUUGAGACGAACCCCAGCAGCUCGUGGCACACCCAUGAAAGCAGAAUUUGUCGAGACCGAGCUGACUGCCGCUGAUGAACUUACCACUACGCACCACCACGACGUUGAACCUUUACUAAUCGAACCAGUAACGGAUAAAGUUGAUGAAGUUAUUGGUUCUCCCGCAGCCGCUGAUCUAUCAAUCGCAUGUCCCAAUUGCACAUGCGUACCGAUUCAUCGCUGCAAGAAGUUUCCAGGAGAGCAGAACCGCUUUAAUCCUACUCUUCCAGUACAUCUGAUUGAGGAUACAGCAUGUCCACUCUACGGCCAUGUGCUUUGUGAGACUCCUUUCCAGGUGGAGGAAAUUUUUACCGAGCCCAGGGAAGGGGAUGACGUCAUUGAAGAUUUCUUGCCGUGUGGGCGUCGCAACACAGAAGGCAUCGCGUCGUCAUUUUUUAAAGGAUUCAAGGACAAGGCAUCCAAAUUUGGAGAAUUUACCUGGAUGGCCAUCGUUCUGCAAGAUGAAGUCAUGGCAUUCGACAUCACGGUGAAGCGAUUCAUAUGCGGAGGUUCGCUGAUCCAUCGACAGGUUGUCAUGACAGCAGCACAUUGUGUCAUUGGGAAAAAUGUGAGCAGCCUUAGCGUUCGCCUGGGAGACUGGGACACUCAAACAGAGUAUGAAACCUUAGUCCUGCCACACGAAGAACACCGCGUGGUUCAUGUGAAGCGUCACAGUCGCUUCCACAGGGUCAACCUCCGAAACGACAUCGCGCUGCUCUUCCUUGAGGAGCCUGUCGAGCUGAAGCCACACAUCGGCACUCUUUGCCUUCCUGAAGAUGAUGAAAACUUCGAAAACACCUCGUGCGUCGCCACCGGCUUCGGGAAAGAUCGCUUUCACGGCGGAAGUUUUCAGAACGUUAUGAAGCAGGUGAACCUACCCGUGGUAUCUCACAGCUCUUGCCAGAGGAUGUUAAGCGGUACACGCCUGGGGCGUUGGUUCCGUCUUCAUCCUUCCUUCACCUGCGCUGGAGGGGAGGCCGGUGUUGAUACGUGUGUUGGAGAUGGUGGCUCUGCCCUUGCUUGUCGCAGCAAGGAGAACCCCGAUAAGUACGUCCAAGCGGGGAUCGUCUCGUGGGGUAUCGGCUGCGGAGAAGACGGAGUACCGGGAGUCUACACCAGCGUGCCGAAGCUGGUCGGAUGGGUCAAUGAAGAGAUUGCUGAGUAUUUCAGCGCUCAUUAGUGUAAAUUGUCUGCGAGUAUUCUUUCCAUUUUCAUAAGGGUGGAACAACAUGGACAUAUAACGUUGUAGUCGUGUAUGCUUCAUACGGUUAAGACAGCAUUGAAAUGAGCCGCAAAAAUAAAUUGAUGGGAAACCUUUAA